AUGGAUAACCAAAUGAGUCAUUUUGUUUUAGAAAAAAAUAAUAAAAUAAAUAAUGGUUCAACCUUACCAUCACAACAACAUAAUCAAUUCCAAAUUCAACAACAACAUCAACAAUUAAAUGAAAAUAAUAAUAAUAAUAAUAAUAAUAAUAAUAAUAAUAAUAAUUCAAGUGGUAAUUAUUUUAAUAAUAUAAAAAAUAAUCCAAAUUCUGGAUUAUUUUUUAAUUUUAAAGCAAAUAUUAAUAAUGAUAAUUAUCCAACCAUUUGUGCUCAUAAAUCAAUUUGCUUGAUUUGUAAUAAGGAUUCACCUCCAUGUCUUUCUUCAAGAUCCGUUUCUUGGGUUUCAAUUUUACGUGUUGUUUUUUAUUCCUUAAAGAAUUUAUAUCCAGAAAAAGAAUAUUUUAAUCUAAAAAAAGAUGUUUAUGGUUAUGUUGCAACUCAUUGGUCUUUAAUUUGUACCAAAAAGAAAAAAACCCCUGGAUGGAGAAAACAAUUACAAGAUGCAUUAUCUCAUUGUAGAAGAUUGUUCGAAAGUGGUGCCGAUCAUCAUGAAUGUUAUGGUUUUUGGAAAUUAAAAGAUAUGUCAGAUCCAUGGGAGGAGAAUGGAUUAAAUGAUUCAUCAUCCUCGUUGAGUAAUGGUAACAAUAAUGGUAAUAAUAAUAAUAAUAAUGGAUCACCAUAUUCAAAUGAACCAUCAUCACCACAAUUAUAUACAUCACCAUUAUUAUCACCAAAUAAUUUAUUAAGUAGUUGUAAUAAUAGUUCCCCAAAUUAUCCUCACCUAUCGCCAUCAAAUUCCGGUAGUAUCAAUACAACACCAUUGUUAGUUAGUUCAACACCACCAAACUUUUUAAAUACUUCUUCAAAUAAUAUUCAAACAGUUUCGAGAUCAAAUAGAUAUUCACCAGUUCAUUUUAAUAGUGGUCCAAAUGGUAACAACAAUAACAACAACAACAACAAUGGCAGCAACUACAACAGCAACAACAACAACAAUAUUAGUUGUGGAAGUGGUAACUCAACACCAAAAUCUUUAAUUUCAAGUACUCCACAUUCAUAUCAUAGCGGCCAUAAUAGAAGUAAUUCUAAUGGAAGUAUGAAUGGGUUUAAUUUACAUCAUCCCUCAUCUUACUCUUCCUCUUCCUCUUCAUCAUCAUCAUCCUCUUCUUCAUUAUCUUCUUCUUCAUAUUCAAAUAAUAGUAAUAACAAUUCUAUUAAUAAUAAUAAUAAUAAUAAUUCAAGAGACUAUAUUCAUGAUUUAUCAAAUCUUGGUAUUUCAUCACCAAUUUUAAUAAAUUCUGGAGGUAGUAAUUCAAUGUCCAGACCUAGAAGUAAAUCAUUGGGUAGUAAUUUCUUCCAAUUGGAUUCACCAUCAACCAAACCUCAAAUAUUAUCAAUUGUUAAUAGUAGUAAUAGUUCAAAUAAUAAUAGUAAUAAUUUUAAUAACUUUAUUAUAAAUACAAAAACAAAGAGAUCCAAUUCUCAACAAUUCAAUAAUAAUAACAAUAUAUAUAAUAGCAGUAAUCAUCAUAACUUGGUUUCACCAAGUACCAUAUAUAAAUCCGAAAAAUUACCAAAAUUAAUAGAAGAUUAUAAUUCAAAUGAUGAUGACUUUGAAAAUGAUCACGAUCAUCAAGUUCCAAAUCAUAUUAACCUAAAUAAUAAUAAUAAUAACAAUAAUAAUAUUAAUAAUAAUAAAAAUAAUAAUAAUAAUAAUAAUAAUAAUAAUAAUAAUAAUAAUAAUAAUAAUAAUAAUAAUAAUAAUAAUAAUAAUAAUAAUAAUAAUAAUAAUAAUAAUAACAAUAAUUAUAAAAAUAACAAUAAUGAUAAUAAUAGUUCAAAAGAUAAAGCAUCAAUUUCUAGUUUAUUAAAUAAUGAUUCAUUUAAUGAUAAUAAAAAUAAUAAUAGUAAUUCUAAAAAUAAUGAUCCAGAAAUAAUAUUCAAAUUUUCAAGAAAAAGAUCAUUUGAUCUUACAUAA